AUGAAACUGGGCAACAGCACUCCUUUCCCCCUUCUAAGCAUUGACCUUCAAUGGAAAUAUCUACUAGAACACGAUCCUCAAAAUGAAGGUGUGAAAAAACUCAAACUGGAAGGAAAGGAGUUGAUGUCAGUACCUCGCCAGCUCUUUGCACUUGAAGAACUGCAAGUUUUAGAAAUGAGCCCAGAACGAAAGAGCUGCUUGAGGUAUGCCCUGGAUUUUAUCCCUCAUGAAAUCGGCCACUUGAGGAACCUAACCUUACUCCACCUGGACUCCAACAACUUGAAAGACAUUCCUGUUGAAAUUGGUUUGUUAAUCAAGUUGGAAAGACUUACCCUCAGUAACAACAAUUUAACUUUUCUGCCAAAAGAAAUUGGAGGUCUACAGAGACUACGUAGCCUCCAUUUGGCUAACAACAACCUGACAGAGUUUCCAGAAUCUCUUUGUCAGUUGAGGAACUUGGUCUUCUUAGAUGCCACCGAUAACCAAAUGAGCACCAUCCCUGAUGACAUCCACCAGCUACAGAAACUGGAGACAUUGCUGCUACUUUUCAACUCCGUCAAGCAUUUGCCAAGAGGAAUCUGUUCAUUAAAGUCAUUGACGACCCUUUGGUUAGGCCACAACAAGCUAAAGGAACUCCCAUCCAGUUUUGGUCAGUUGAUUCAUCUGGACUGGGGCAGGAAUUAUUGUUCAUGCAAUUUUGAAGGGAAUCCAUUAAAACAGCCACCCCUUGAUAUAUGCAGUGGUGGGCCUGCUGAGAUUAGAGAGUACUUUGCCUCACUAAAGGAGCAGAGAGAGGUCUGA